CCAUAACAAGUUGUUGACAAGCGGAGAGGCGUACUCUCGUCAGUACGCACGUGUCACAAAUUAAACAUAGUGUUCUUUUAUCAGUGCUACCAGUACAAGUUUACGAUUACAGGCUGUCACAGGAGUUUAAGUGUGGAACAUUUAAAAUAGUUUGAAAGCAGUUAAGAGACUGUAUUACUUUCAAAAUACUUCGGCAUCUGCAUUAAACCCUUUUAUCAGCAGUGUUAUUCUAAAUGUAGUUCGAAAUGGCAGUGUCAGGAACGGAGAAAAGCCACAACGCAUCCGGUUCGUCGUUUGCUGUUUACCUGUGUAAUAUUAACAGGGCAAAUGCAACAUCAUCAUUAUUGUCAUCAUCAUCAGCAGCAGCAGCAGGCAAUAUUCAGGAAGGAACAUCACAAAUUAGUACAGAGGAGGAAGCUUUUGGAUUGAAGCUCCUCUCAUCAUCACUUACAUCAGAGCAAGAAUGUCUGCUGCAAUUAUUCCUGAUAAGACGUCUGAAGAAGGGUGCUAUAUACACUGGGACAGGGAAUUUUUCUGGAAUGGAGUUUAGCUUGACAGAGAAACCAAGCUCACCAGCCGUUUGCUACUACAUCCUGUUACCCUGUGGUUCAAGGAAUACACAGUCAGAGCAAGCUUUAAUUUGUCUGCUUGCAGACACUGACACAAAUCUGGAAGUAUUCAGGCCAGAACUGACUCUAUAUUGUGAAGCAUUAGCUCAAAGGAUUCCACAAAAUGCAACAGAAUUUUCCAAAGGACUGCAUGCAGAAUUAUCAACAUGGCUGGCAGACUGUGUUUAUUAUGUGUGCCGUGUACUUAACACUAUGGGAGAAGAAGUUGCAAUUCUUCUUCAGCUGGCACAGCAGAAUAGAAAAGUAAUGGGGAGUGAUAAUGUAGGUCCAAAAGCAGUAGCUGAUGUUCAAAGAUUCAUCUCUUCUUGUGCUGUUGUUCAAUACUUGGGCUCAAUUAAUAAAGCUGAAUCUACUGACAAUUCACCGGUCUUUUUGAAAACUGGAAGUCCUGGAGGAAAACUGAGAAUUGAUGAAAUUAACUGUAACUCAUACUGCAUGGACUGGGCACAGCGUCUGUUGUCUUUGGGUGAAAACUGUGAACCUUGGAAAAUCAGGAAAGUGCUAGAAGCAUUCAAAUUAAAGACAAUUAAGGACAUGAACACACUGAAAAGAUUCCUGAAACAAUCAGAAACAGAUCACUAUUCAUUAUACAGAGCAUAUACAUUCCUCCUCUCUUCGGGCAACAGUGAUAUUCUACUGAAGCAAGUUAAAAUGGAAGGGUCUUCAGCAGGGGAUGUAAUAGACGUACUCGAGCAACAUUUGAAUGAAAUGAGGCCAAGGCAUACUCCUAUACAUACUAUUACCUGAAUCUAAUGUGCACCAUGCACAAAAUAUUUAGGAAGAUAAGGAUUACCUUAGUUUUACUUUUAACAAAAAAAAAUCAGAUGUCACCAAUACUUUUGCAUUUCUUAAGAACUGCUCAUUAGUAGCAUUAAAAGGCAAAAUGUUAUAUAUUUUGAGGGAGAAACCUUAUAGCUGUGGAGGAAGUCAAGACAUACAUGAUACCAGGUAUGUGACAAAAAUCUGCUGUCAGUUGUAAACCACAUAAACAGCUGACAAUAAUUAAUUAUAGGGAGCUUACAUUACUGAUGACACUUUCCAUAUCCUAUUUGCUCUUAAAGAUGCUGUUAACUAGUGUCAUAAGUAACUAAUAUAAUCGCUGUUACUUAGCUGCUAUUAUGUACAGUAACAGCUGUUUCUGUUGUGUAGUAGUAGGAGUAGUCAGUAUAAUGAAACUGUAAAUAAUGUAUAAAGUAAUGUAUAAAUAAUACAGAUAUAAAAAUUUA